AUGAAAUUCACUCGGAAGGAGGUGUACAAAAUGUGGAGAUUCGUGAACAAGAAGAUUCGAGUUCUUUCCGGAAGACCUCAGAAAAAAAAGUUCGAGUCCAGUUGGGCUGAUUGGAAACAGUUCACAGGGAAGAUGGGAUUGGAAAGAAGUUCAAAUUCGUAUAAACGGAAGUUUUCACAGUUAGAAAUUUUUAAAGCACCAUUCAGCAAACGGACAAGGCUGGAAUUAUACUAUGCUCUGGAUGCUCCAAUUCCUCCUGAUUUUCACCAUCUAGUCGUUAGAAACUAUUCAUUGAAACUCGAUUCGGAGGGAAGAUUAAAAGAAUGCGACUCUGAAAAAUGGGCGGAGAUUUCCCAAUCCGACGACGAAGAGAGUAGCAGUGAUAAUGAGAUAAGCGAUCCAGAUGAGGAGAUUCAGAAGACGAAGGACACUUUGAGCCAACUUUCACUUAUUCUGAAACUCAUGAAAUAUUCAAAAAAAGUGGCAACUGUCCAGCUUGAAGAUCGCGAUGACGGAAUACCAUACAUCGAGAACUAUUAUUAUAACGAUGGAUCCGUUUUCCGGGACGGUUGGUCCGAUUUGUUACUGAUUGAAGAAUAA